GCUGGACACUGCUCAGUCCACUGCCUAGCAAGUGCCGCAUUCCAGUUGGAGAACUAAUUGAGUCUUCCAGUGGAGCCAGGGUCUGGUUCACUGUGACGAGCUGAGCUCCACCAUGUCCUCCCAGCAGAGCGCGGCUUCUGCCAAAGGCUUUUCCAAGGGGUCUUCCCAGGGCCCUGCUCCGUGUCCCGCUCCUGCACCCACAGCCUCGUCUUCCUGCUGUAGCUGCUGUGGUUCCAGCGGCGGUGGCUGCUGUGGCUCUGGAGGCUGCUGUGGCUCCAGCGGUUGUGGCUGCUUCCCCAGGAGGCGCCGCCGACAGCGUCGAAGCGGGUGCUGCAGCUGCUGCGGGGGUGGCAGCCAGAGCUCCAGCAACGUACAGAGCCAAGGCUGCUGUGGUGGCUGCUGAGGCCCCCGCCACCCUGUGAGCUGCUUGAGGCUGCCGCUGAGCCCUGUUUCCCAACCCAAGUCCCUGCUGCAUGUCACCAUGCUCCUGCGCGGGGCUAGGUUGGGGUGUGCCUCCCUUCCCCGCCCCCCACAACCUACCUGCACUGGAUGUUCCAAAACCCACCCUGUCCUCGGGCCCACCAAACACUUUGACCCCCGUUUAAUUUUUUCCCCCCGGAAUCUGAGCACCAUGUGUGGAAUAUUGGACCCUACCGUUGGCAGGGCUUUGCACACAGUUGGUGCUUAAUAAAUGUUCAUGUCAUAAUAAAACUUCUACCUCUCAAGAA